AUUGUAAAUACCAAGUUGUAUUGUUAAUUGAUAUUGUAAGGCAUAUUUUUAUAAUGGAUUACGAUUUGGAAGAUUUAGAUCUUUAUGGAAUAAUUAGGAUUACACAGUCGACUAUCGAGAAAGAGACUAAAACGGCAUAUCUGACGRAGGAUCAUCUUCAAUGUCAUCCAGAUGAAAUUUCCGAUAAACACAAAGCAGCUCAAUUGUUAUCGCAGUUGUUUAAAUUAUUAACGAUUCUUGCGGAUAUAGGAACUCGAUUAGAUAAUCUCAUGUUAUUAAAUUCUGAAACUGCUGAAAAAAAAUCGUUUGAAGAAAAGCGUGAUUCGAUGAUAAAAAAACAGGAUAAAUUGGAACGCAAUCAAAAGAAAGAACUGAAGAAUUUAAGAAAAGAAUAUUUAUCUCUACUUGCAACUGUUAAAGUCCGUAUUAAUGUGCUACUUAGGCAGCAUGAAACUGAAAAAAAAAAGAUUGGUUCGUUCAAAUUAAAAGUAAAGUGGAUGGAAAAUGGAGUAUAUAAUAAAAACAAUUUAACAACAUUGUUCUCAAAGUAUGGCUACGUAUCAAAUGUUUUGGUUCUGGAAAACAAACGUGUUGCUCUUGUUGAAUACAAAUUUAAGACUUCUGCUAUAAGUGCCAAAAAAUGGGAAGUUGGUUAUCCAAUGUGUCCGCUAACUGUGAGUUUUCUGGGAGAUUACRGACAAGGCACURUAAAUAGUUCAAAUCACACUUCCAAUCAAAAUCUUAUUACUAGCAUUUCAGCUUGUCAAAAUCCAAAUGGCAAAUAAUAUUGGAAAUAUUUCAAAAACUU